AUGAUGCAACCAAAUGACUUUGAGGUUACUUCACCUCCCACCGACGGCAUUUCUGGUCUCGAGUUUUCUCCGGUGGCUGAUUACCUUGCAGUGUCUUCAUGGGAUAACCAGAUCCGGAUAUAUGAAGUACAGCCCAACGGCAGCACGACUCCGAAAGUGGCCUACUCGCACGAAGCACCUGCACUUUGCGUCACUUGGAGCAAGGAUGGUACCAAAGUUGUGUCUGGUGGUGGAGAUAAAGCAGGUCGCAUGAUGGAUAUCAACACAGGCCAAUCAACCCAAGUCGCCCAACACAAUGAAUCUAUCCGAUGCGUCAAAUUUCUCGAUCAAGGACAAAACAUACUUGCGACGGGUAGUUGGGAUAAGACCAUCAAGUAUUGGGAUUUGCGAUCACCACAACCAAUUGGCACAGCACAAUUGCCUGAACGUCUUUAUGCCAUGGAUACACGAAGCAAUUUACUCGUUGCAGGAACAGCCGACCGACACAUUCUCCUCUUUGAUCUCAACAACCCAACCACCAUUUACAAGCAAACGAUUUCUCCUCUAAAGUGGCAGACGCGUGAGAUUUCAUGCUUCAUCGACAGCAAAGGAUACGCCAUUGGAUCUAUUGAAGGUCGAGUCGCCAUUCAAUACAUUGAUGAUAAGGAUCAAGCUCGCAACUUUUCCUUCAAAUGUCAUCGUGACGGCAAAGAAGUGUAUCCUGUCAAUACAAUUGCUUUCCAUCCCACAUAUGGUACAUUCUCCACCGCCGGCGGUGAUGGCACAAUCAGCUUUUGGGAUAAGGAUUCCAAGCAACGUCUCAAGAACUUUCCUAAAAAGACCGGCCCUAUUCCUUGCUCUACAUUCAAUCGAACAGGCAACAUUUUCGCCUAUGCUGUCAGCUAUGAUUGGACCAAAGGAUACAAGCAUGCCACACCUAAUAUGCCUAAUAAGGUCUUUUUACACCCUGUGCAGGAUGCUGACAUUAAACCCAAGCAAAGGCGCUAG